AUGGCAGUAACUGAUAUUUUAAAAGAUUUUGAUGAUCUUACUGAACCGGCAUGUAUGGACAAAAUACUCAUGUAUUUGGAGGAACUUAAAGAAGAAGAUGACGCAUUCAUGGAGUUACUUGUAGAAAAAUUAGCACGCGAAGAAAUUACAUGGGAACAGCCUUGGUACCAACAAACAAACUCUGUGUCACGACCUUUAAAAGAAAACAAUGAAAAACAUAAAGAAACAUAUAAAACUGAUACAAUUUGCAAAGCAGAAAAUGACAUAAUAAUCAAGAAUUGGAAGGAUUUUAUACAUGAAUAUGAUGUACCAGAUAAAAUAAUAUGCUUAGCACGUUGGAAAAAUAAAGUGAAAAGUAGAUUACCUAAUACACCUGAAGAAAGUGCCAGACGUUUUCUUAUUUCAUAUUUGGCUCGAGGGUUACAAAGAACCACCUUUCAAGUAUUCAGACAUAUUCAAACAUAUUUUGGAGGACCUGUAAAAGGGGCUUAUUCAGCUGAGGAAGAAAAAAUUAUGAAUGUUUGUUUUACACAUCACCCAAACCAUGCUGUUACCCUGUUAUCUAUGGUUUUAGGAAGAGAACCUCGAGGUAUAUACAAAAGACUGCAACAGCUGUAUAAUGGAAAACCGGAGAGGAAGAAAAUCAGAUGGACUAUACCAGUGGCAUCCAAGCUUCUUAAGCUGUUAAUGAAAUAUACAGGAUUGCCUUUGGAAGAAUUAAAAAAUAAAAGAUUUGACAAGGAAGUGUGGGUAAAAAUUGCAGAGGAGUUUGAUCAUCAUUAUAUUCAUAUUCAGAAGUUUUGGUAUAGUAGUCUUCAUGUUCAAUUGUUUGUUAAAAGUAAUGUGAAAUUAAAUAAAUUGAGGAAGAAAAUAUUUAAAAAACUUAAGUUGACAUCAUAUCAAAUCUGGAGUGAUAUUCGAUGGAAAGAUGUAGUACAACAAUUUCCUGAUGAAUAUACACAUUAUUUUAUAUACAAAAUAAGCUAUGGACCCAUACAUACGAAACCAAAAUACCACAAGGAACCACUACCAGAGGUUUUAGAUUAUGGUUUGAAGAGACUUAAACACUAUCGUAAACUUCGUUUGCGCACCCUUGCGUUAAAUAAAGAAGGAGACUUGGAACAAGUUAUAUAUGAUAAGUCAAAUAAUAAAUCUUAA